AUGUCUUCGCGAUAUCCCCCAUCGUCUGGGUUCAAUUCCCGUGACCGUUCUCCGCAGCGCUUUGGUGAUCGUCGGCCUCCUGCUGGACCUCGUGGCUCUGAUGAUGUAGGAUUGCCUCCCCUGGGUAGGGAGCCGCCUCGGGGCCCCAAGGCUUUGAUCGACCACCCUCGAGGCGCUCCCUUUGGGGGUCGAGGCCGAGGAUAUCCGGGUCGCGGCGACUUUCGAGAUCGAGACCGUGAUUUGCGAGACCGAGACCGAGACCGAGACCGAGACCGAGACCGUGAUUUUAGAGACAUCCGUGAUGGUCCGCCCCCUUUUCGCCGCGACCUUGAUCGGGAUUGGGGUCGUCGCGAUCGAGAUUUUGACCCCAGGGAGCCACGAAUCAGCUUCGGUCGCGGCCGCUCCCGCUCCCCUCCCCCGCCUCGUGACUUUCGAGAUAUGAGAGAACCAUUGGGACGGGAUCCUGAUCUAGUCCGCAUGCGACGGGGCUCCAGAGACAGUCUCCUGUCAGUAUCAUCUGCGGCUCCUGAUGUUCCACCCUCUGGGCCGGUUCACCACCCUCGUAGCGGUCCUAUCCGGGGUCGGGGUCGAGGAGAUUGGGAUAUUGGACGUGGCCGAGGUCGUGUCCCAUAUCUGGAUGACCGUGAUUCUUUCCGGCGUCGGAGUCGCUCUCGAGACGGGAGGUGGGAUCGCGAACGUGACCGCGACCGUGACCGUGACCGAGAUCGGGAUCGCGAGCGUGACCGGGACCGGGACAGGGACCGAGACCGCGAGAGAGAACGUAUUCUGGAACGGGACAGGGACCGCGACCGUGAUCGGGACAUUGAUCGACGCGAUCGUGAAAGAGACCGCGAUUUGGACCGUCGUGAUAGAUUUGAUCGUCGCGAAGAAUUGGACCGACGAGUCGAACGUGAUGAUCGUGAUCGGCCGCCAAUAGACCACUGGAAGAGAGAUCGACCUCCUAGUCGCAAUGAGAACCGUAUCCCAAGCACUUCGACCGUAUCGUCCGUUCCUCCAGUAGCGCCUACCGGGCCUCCAGCCCCCAAUCGGGCUCCGGACCUUACAGGCACGGAACAACCCCGCAAGCUAUCUGCAACAGAAACUCGCCGCGAGCCCGAACGGACUGAGGCCCCUGCUCCACGCGUGGAGCUCGCCAAAGACUUCCCCCUGGCUGCCAAUCAAUCUCCUCCUCCAGCGGCCCCGCAGGUUCCAGCUUUUGGCUCAGUUAUGGCUCCUAUCCCCGACUUGUCCGCCGAUAAGACGCUACUUGACCAUGCUGCUGCUGCACCAGCGUCACUCUCCAAGACAGAGAAAGAGCAAGAUGAAGUUACCUCGCAAGGUCCAAUCCAACCUCCGACGGGUCCUAAGGCUAGUCGGGGUCCUUCCCAACAGCCAUUGGAACAACGGAUCCGACCUGAAGAAAUUCUGGAUAUCUCAAGUAAACACCAUGAGCCACCACCACGAACAUCGAAACCCCACAUCACGGCAUUUGCCAAUGGCCCGAAAGAGCGGGAUGCCUUACCAGCAAUUGCACCGCGCGCAAUGGCCAGCCAAGAAGCUAGAGAAACGUCUCCGGCAUUCGCUGCGGAAAAUAGUAAAAGAUUGCCGUCUGCUAGCCCUGUAACGUCACCUAAUUCGAAGACAUCCCCUCGCACACAAUCCUCGACCAUUCCUACCGGCCCACGAGCACUUCAGCAGCGACCAUCAAUUUCCCGCGUGCCAUCUAAGGGUAACAAACAAUGGGUCCGUCCUGGUUAUAGUCGUCCUGGGCCAGGCCCUAGCUCUAAUGCACUACAGGACCGGGAGCCUAUAGAUGGAAAGGAACAGACUCUAUCCUUCGGUGAAGAUUUCAAGCGAGAGCCACGGAUGUCAGUCGUCGGAAAUUCGCAGGACCUUGAAGCUGGGGAAAUUGCACCCGAAAUAGAUUUGGUACCCUCAAAAACUGUUCCUUCUCCGGCAUCACAUAAGCAGUUGAAGGCUCAUGAUGCAAGCCCUAACCGGACCUCUGCAGAUGCUAUAAUGCUGAAGGAAGCCCCUCUGGAAAAUAAAACGAAUAUAGUCAUUCCGGAUUUCGGUCGAUCUAGUGAUGAAGAUGAGGACGAAAAAAUCGUUUUCACGCAGGAGUAUCUUGAGGAGCGAAGGCGGAUCUUUGAGAAAAACAUGAAAGCGCUACAGGCAGACCUUCCUCCGACUCCUUUGGAAGACCCGAGUGUCGUAGCGUUACUAACGCGAAUUCAGCUAUUGGGGAUGAUUGCCAACGACAUGGUUCCUCAGAAGGCCAUGGCUCACUCUGCUCCGUUAGAAAAGCCUAAUGUACUAGACAGUGAACAAUCCGCUUCUCUCGCGGAAUAUAAGCCGGAGAAGGAAAUUGAAAAGAAAGAGCUCUCUUCGAAGAUGAUCUUGGAUUCACUGCCUGCAGCCGACACUCUGACACUCGACAAUCUACCAUUUUUGCAUUCUGGUCCACCGACACCACUUUCCGACCUUGAUUUAUGUCAAGAGAAUGAUGCUUCGCACGAGUCCCUCAAGGAUGUUUUCCGUGCCGAAUUAAUGAAACGACAGAAGGAGAUAGCUUGGAAAAACGCUUUGUUGCGGGAGGAGUAUUUAUCUCACUACAAACUAUGGAGACUGAAUGUUUUCGAGCUGGAUCAUGCGAAGGAUAAGCAGUCGACCACACCGGCCCCAGCGACGCCGCCUGGCUCAUCUGCUGUGGCGACCCCAACUACCGCUGCUGAAGCAAGGAGAUUCAAGGGUAAUAGUGAGCUUGACUUCCAAAAUGCACUUCGCGCAUCGGAGAUUUCAGCGCAGGAGGAGCUAGAGCGACGUCGUGGAAAUAAGGCCACCGCCCAGCCAGAUCUUUCUCGGGAGGCGGUUAUCCCGGAUAUGCUCGAACUUCAGGUAGCCAAAGCAUCCAUCUACAAAGAUACUAAUAAUAUUGUCGAGCCUAUUCGGGCUAGGGACAUCUUUGGGUUUUUACCACCAUCCAAUGAUUUCACUCCUGAGGAGCACGAAAUCUUCACCGACGCUUUCAUGGCUCAUCCCAAGAAGUGGGGAAAGAUUGCCGAAUCAUUGCCUGGUAGAGACUUCAAGCAGUGCAUCGUUCAUUACUAUCUUACUAAAGAGGAAAUCAAAUACAAGGCGAAGCUUAACAAACGAUGGAGUCGCCGCGGCCGUGCCAGAAGAUCUGCUCGCCCUAAGUCCAAUGCGCUUAUGGCUGACUUGGGAGUAGUGAAGCCAGAUUAUGAAGGCGAGGAAGAGCCUGCUCCAGUCACGGACACUGGCCGACCCAGGCGUGCAGCUGCGCCAACAUUUGGAGACUCCUCUGCCGAUACGGAGCCUUCCAACUCCAACCGUCGCGGAAACGCGGCUAAAGAGGGAGAGCAAGGAGAGAAGCCAACUAAUCGACGAGGCCGUACUGCUGCUGGACCGCGAGGUCGAAGGGGAAAGACCGCUCAACAACAGCAACAACAAACCCCACAGCCUGUACAGCCAGAGCAAACAAACCCAAUCGCCACGAUAGCAUCACUCACCCCUCCUGUGGCGCCUGUCCCGAAGACAGAAGUGCCCGAAGCGUUCAUGGAUGGGACAAAUGAGGCUGGGAUUGUACGGACUAGAGAACCGAUGGAGCGAGAGCCCCAUGAAACACUCCCGCGCGCGAAGUCUGGCCGAGGCCGACAGAAGGAGGGCGUAUAUGUCUUUGAAUCAGCGGAACAAGAAGUGCCGACGACCACUAGACAGCCAGAGGUGGGCUACGGAUCAUUGCAACCUACCAGCUACUGGUCUGUUCCAGAACAGCGUGAUUUCCCGCUCUUGUUGGCACACUUUGGCCGUGAUUUCGAGGGUAUUUCCAAUUUCAUGAAGACGAAGACAACAGUUAUGGUUAAAAACUACUUCCAACGUCGCAUUGACUCGGGUCAGAAAGACUUUGAGGAUAUCGUUGCAGAUGCAGAGCAAAAAAAGGCUCGUGCCGAACCUACAGGUCCUUUGCCUAUGCCCAAUGUUGCAUCCAAACGGCGUUAUGAGGCCACACCGUCCUCCAUAAUAUUGCCUCGACCCCUAGCACCACAUACUGAUGCAGCCCCCGAAACCGAUGAAGGCCGGCUUGGUUCCAAAGGCAAACACGCUAUUUCAUCGAUGUCAGCACAGCCAGUACCUCUACAAGCUCGCCCACCCGAAAAGGAACGCAGUAUUCCUAGAUACCCGCCUCUUGCACAAGCAGGCAGCAUCUCCAUGGGAUCUGGGCCUAUUUUCGCCGAGGACGCCGCACGAGCCGUUCGCCCGCAAGCUGGCAUGUCGUCACGAAUCCAAGGUCCACGAGUGGGGUAUUUUGCCGAUGACAGGCGUGAGGUUCAAUCUACUGCAGUGCCGCAUACCGCGACUAGACCCCAAGAGACGCCGAUGACUCGCCAGACGCCUGUGUCUGCUCCUGAGAUAGCGCAUAUAGAGUCAGUGCAUACCCAGGGAUAUCGAACAUCCCAUAUCGAUCCUCAUGGGUCACCUCUCAUCACAACACAUGGUGCGGUGCCUGCAUCGCAAGCGACGUACAUGCAAUCUCAGCCACAGCCUGCACUUGUACCAGUGACAUCUCAUUCUCGUCAUUCCAGCCUCACGAAGCCCCCUAGCUCCCCAGUGCAGUCUCUGCAGAGACAAGAACCGGAAAUAUCCCCUGUGCGGCACGACCCUGUCAGCCAAAGGCCAUAUUUUGCCGCCCCAAAUCAGCAUACGGGUAUGGCUCAGCCACCGCCAGUCUUGUCUCCUCCUAAAGAUAUUUCUCGCCUCGGACCUACUCCCCCGGAACCGGCAGAGGCACCACGACAGGUACCGGCUAAGAGGUCUAACAUUGCGAGCCUUCUCAAUGAUGAACCUGAAGAGCCUCAACCCCGUAAAAGGUUCGCCAGCGACCAGUCCUCGUUAAACACUGCUAGAAAUACCACAUCACCCUCACGACCUGUUUACACCGGCAUGCAGUCCCUUUCUCAGCAGACAGCUGCGACCCGCCAAGAGGAAUCGGUUCUGUCGGCAACCCAACAAAACCCUCCGAUCUAUGCUCAACAAAGCCCGUACCUGCCGCCGUCCCGCACAUAUUCCGAGUAUCAAACCUACUCAUCCGUUCCAGGCAGUUCGAAUGGGCCUGCAAAUAACGACUGGAUGGCCCGAUUUGACCCAAGGGGUCAACAACAGUCGCAGCAACCGGCCCCUCAUCAGCAGGCAAAUAGCCGACCACCCACAACGCUCACAUCUCAACCUCCAUUCUCGCCUUAUCCUUCAGGUCAGGCAUUGUCUAGCCACUCUCUGCCGAAUCUCACUGCGCCUUCACCUGCACCGACGCCGUCCCCGGCCCCUUCUCAACGUCCUUCAUAUCCGUCGGUCUAUGCGCCAUCACCAGGACCCCACACGCAGACUGGGGCCACUGGUACUCGUGAUCUAGCUACACCAAACCAAAUGCUACGUCCGAAUAUUGGGUCGCCGACUCCCCGUAACAACAGUGCUUCAUAUGGAACACGGCAGGGCCCCUCGACGCCAAUCCAAUCGCCUGCCAGUCUGCUUGGUAUAACAUCCCGACAAGUUUCUGGACCGACAUCUUAUUCGUCUUCAGCACCGGCAGCACCAGCACCGAUGAACAUGUCAAGUCAGCAACAACAUAGUGGUCACCAAACUUACCAACAGCAUGUACAGACGCUGGUUAGUGGAGCGCAUCAACAGCAAGCCCAUCGGAAUGCCCUUGGAUUUUCAGGUGGACAGUACGGCCACAAUACUCCUCCGCCGCAAGCUCAAUCGUCCCGAGUAGCGGGUUUACCCGGACCUCCUCAGCCAAUGACCAUGAGUCGUUCGUACACACCUCCAGCAAUAUUGCAACCGAACCCAUCGGGCGGAUUGAGCUAUGCCCCCGGCGGCCCGUCCCCGGCAGUUGGGCCCGUCCUCCCCCUUUCGCGGCCCGGGCCUGGCCAAUUAAAUGAAGUCGGAUCUGGUGCGCAUGGAACUCCUGGCCAUCAUCGAGGUUAUAGCCAGGGGUCGAAUGCUGGAUCUCUCCCUGGACCGAUGACACCACAGCACCCCCCUCGAUAG